CGGAGUGGGUUUUGUACGUCAAGUUCACUUAUAGCGUCAGCAGUCUCUCGUCGUUCGACGUCGACGGAGGAUCGAGUCGGGGUAAUUGAAUAAGAUAGUCGUCGAAGGAUCGAUUGAUAGAAGACUGUUGAACCGAAAAGCAUCGCCAUGACGUGUGCCUGGAGCUGGUUCACCAUCGCGAUUCUCUACAUCCUCUUUGAUGUUAAUUACUUCUUAAGAAUAAUCUUCACCAUCGGCUGGGGACGACUUUUCCAAAAGAAGAAAAAACUUUUCGAUGAAACUACUAUUUAUGGCCUGUGCACGACUCAGGACGUCGAUCUGUUUCUCAAGCACAUGAACAACGCGAGAUACCUCAGGGAACUUGACUUUGCUCGAUUCCAUUAUUAUGACAGAACUGGAAUUUAUGCUGAGAUCAGCAAACGAGGAGGGGGAGCGGUACAAGGUGCAUCUUCGGUUCGAUACAGACGCCCGUUGCCCAUUUUCGCACCGUACAAAGUCACGACUAAGCUGCUCUACUGGGACGACAAAAGUUUUUAUCUCGAGCAUCAAUUCAUCACUCUUUCGGACAACUUCGUGCGAGCAGUGAUUUUGAGCAAGCAAGGUGCAACCGGACUGAAAGUCUCAGUUCACGAAAUAAUUGCGGCGAUCGAGCCUGAGACGAAGUGUCCUCCAGUAUCGAAAGAGCUGCAAAGCUGGUUCGACUCGAUGGAAGAAUCUUCGCAGAAACUGAGGAAGAGCAACUGAUCGAGAACGAAGCAAACCGCGAAAGGCUCGAACCGUUUCCGGAGCCCUUAAUAUUUCCCUUAAUUGAUAGACUGAUUACGUGAUUAUUCGUCAGGGAAAAAAUCGUCUAACGAUUGCGCUCGCGAGUGUGAAACUUAUUUAAAAAUGGAAAAAUAAUUUAUUUAUGUUAUUCGGUUCCUUAUCGUUUGUAAUGUAAAUCGCGUCGAUCUCAGCUCAACUUCGUAAACUUUCGAUCGAAUUCCCAAAAAGCUAUUUCCUCUAAUAUUAAGUCCUGUACUCGUUAGGUAUUCCGAACGAGCAGCCGAAAAAGCUUGCCCGAAACAAUUACAUUUGUGAAUGGUUGAUAAUUUUUCUACCAAAGUAGGACAUUUUUUCAAGGACGAAAAUAAAUGUUCUAUUCCGCA